AUGAACAGCCAUCUCUUACCGUACCCCUACAACCAAGGGCAUCGCAGUCCUCCGUUCUCUGGGCUCAAGGCCUUGGCUAAUGCGCUCUAUGGCGCUUACCUCCGUUUCCAGCCCCUUGCUGCUUCACCAGCCGGCACCAAGCCUAUCCAGCUUGUCUGCAUCUCGGAUACCCACAACUCGACCAGAGAGGUUUCACCUGGCGAUCUUCUCAUCCACGCUGGCGACUUGACUCAACGUGGUACAUCCGAGGAGCUUCACAGUCAAUUUCGAUGGCUGUCUACUCUCCCACAUACCCAUAAAAUCGUUAUAGCAGGAAACCAUGAUCUCCUGCUCGAUUCAGAUUUCGUUAAGCGUCAUCCUACCCGCAUUCCCAGCCAGCCUGGAUCAUCUGUCUUCAGUUUGGACUUAUAUGAUGUUGAGUAUCUUCAGGACCGAUCUGUCACCCUGGACUUUCCAAACGGGAGGAGAUUGAAUAUCUACGGCUCGCCUCAGACACCGGAAUUCGGUAUUUGGGCCUUCCAGUACCCGGCAAUUCGGGAUGUUUGGACUGGUAGAAUCCCUGACAGUACAGAUAUAGUCGUGGUUCAUGGGCCACCCGUACUCCAUCGUGAUGAUGGAAAGAAAGGAGAUGGGUAUUUGUUAAAAGAGUUAAGAAGAAUAAGGCCGCAACUCGUUGUAUUCGGCCAUGCUCAUGAUGGAUACGGAGAAGAUUACCUUCUCCAUGACGGGGUACAGAGUGCCUGGGAAGAUGCAGUCCUACAGAGAAGUGGUAUAACUGUAAUACUGCGCAUGAGUUUCUGGAUGUUGGUAGCACUGCUUAAAUUCUUCCUAGGGCUCCCACAACCCAGCCCAACAAGACUAGUAAACGCAGCUCUUGCGCCGGGAACAAACAGCAAAACAAAGAAGCACCCUAUUAUACUAGAAAUAUAA